GUACAAGACAAUGCCUGGUAUUGUCCGAGCUGAGCUAAUGGUGUUGUGUAUACGGUCAAACUGAAAGUAUAUUUGGGUUCUCACCUAUUGCAAACUAGUCUCACCAUAUGCUUACAAAGUGUGUUUAGACUUGUGGGGCAUGUGCUUGCGAGUAAGAUUAAACAUUAACACAUUCAAAGCUUUGCCUUAGAGACUUAAUUUCAUUCUGGUGUAUUAGCAAACAAGGCUUAUUGUUGGGUAUAGCUUGACCACAAACACUUAAUUUAAAGUGCACUUACGUUACCACUGUUGUCUAAGCUUCAUUUCUGUUCUUCCACUCUCUGUCCAGCCGCACCUCCCUUUUACCAAAAGUUUUAGGUGCAGAGUUCACGCAAUGCAUUGGUACUCAAAGGGCGUGGUUAAUUUUUUUUUUUUUUUAGACAAUGUGGAAGGACAGUUAAAAAUAAAUAUGUACGUAUUUAGAGUUCUAUGGGUUUGUGAGACUUUGGGUAUAUACAUGUAUAGUCUAUUCGCACUCGAACCGUGUCUCCGCUUGGAUCAGGUCCAUUGGAGACUGGCGAAUGUCUCUUCUGCGGGUGGAACGAGAACCACGAACACAACAUAUGGCUGAUCUUUCCAAUGAAAAGGCCAGACUGCAUCUCAUCCAGCCUACCACCUGACUGUAGCUUUCGUUUCUUUUCGUGGCUAGGUCUCCAGCCGGUCUUGCGAUGCGCUCCAGUUGGAAAACAGUUACGGAAGUAGUUAAUUUUAAAGAUGUUCUCGGGUGCAGGUGGAGGGUGUGAGUCUGCAGGCAGCCAGAGAAGGAUACAUCAUCGUGGGUGGAACUCUGGUGGUCACUGCCUGCUUCUUCAUAUACUCCACCAGGAAGAUAGCUGGAGAAGAUGAGCUCAUUGUGUUCACGCUCAAUGUACCUACUUUAAAUUAAUAUUAGCACCUUAUGUUAUGUAAUAUUUACUACUACCUUAACCAUGAUUUGAUGUUGAUGUUGAUAUCACUCUUUUCUAACAAUUCUCAUUGUUAGUGCUCCACUUCCUCUCUUUGUUGUUGUGCGAGCCUCUGGGGCCCCGCUCCACGUAUUUAAGGUUUUGUUUACCUUUUUUGCCUCACUCACUUUAACUUCGUUUUACCCUCACUUUACCUGUAUUGUCAGUUGAUGUUUUGCUUCUCUCUAAGAAUUUGGUUAAGCUACACUGUGAAGUCAAUUUCUAGUUGUUGUUGCCUAUAGCUAGAAGCCUGUCUCUAGCUAAUUUGUCUAGCCUGUCUAGAAUCCCUCUAUACCAAGAUAAGAGCUCAACACAUUGUAUGUUUGUAUAAUAUUUGUUAUAUUAAAAUAAUAAUAAUUAUGCUGUCAAGCUACCUAUACAUGUACUCAUAGAUAGAAGAGGAAGUGGUAACGGAAGUACCCUCGUGUAACAUCCGCUUUACCCGCGGUUUAAUCGAGGCUGUGUCAACAAGCUAAAGCUGUAGAUGGGCGUGGUCCGCCUAGGCCAAGCUGAUGGCCUAUUUCUACACACAGUGCAUAAUAUACCACAAGCAUAUAAUUAUGCUCAGUCUGUGCAACUCACUCAUAUUUAAAGGUCUAUACCGUACUUAUUCGAUUUAAAGCGACACUAAAAAAUAAUUAUGAAGCCAGAGGUCGUUUCUUUUGGAGGUUGAAAAAUUAUGUUGAAGUUCUGGUGUCGCAUCUUUGGAGGGUCGCAUCUAAUUGGAGGUUAUUCUUCUGUCCUCGAUUAUAGGCCGCUUAAAUUACGUUGUUUCUUACGGCCUGGAAUCGAGGCUGUGGUUUGACCUCUAUUUAGGACGCGACAUAAACAAAUAAUUGUGAACGCUGCAGUCGCUAUUUUUAGAGAUCAGAAAAUUGGAAAAGAUCGAGGGUGUCGCAUAUUUGGAGGGUUGCUUUAAAUCGAAUAAGUACGGUACCUAUUUUAGCAGUUAUAACCAGCACGCUUACACGUUUUAGCAAUACAAGACUAUAAAUAGCAGUUGUUCGCCUAAAACUUUACUGGAAUGUCCCUUUUUACUGGGUGUGGUCCGUCAUUAGCAAGUACAACACGUGGCUCAACACAGACGGGCGUGUUAUAAAUUGCUGAAAAAGAUUAUGUCUCGAGAAAACACAACUUUCUUAUUUUGAGCGAGUUACCCGGCAAAAAUAGCCUCGUUUAUAGGGCGUAACGUGGAUAGUUUUCGAGGUUUUACUGCAGAUUCAAUGUAAAAUGAUCACGUGAACUGCUUCCGUUACCAAUCCCUCUUACUCUUCUAUCUAUGAUGUACUUAGCUAGCUACUUGUGUUUGUCAAGUGGGGUGAUAUCUAUAUUAACAAGCAGAUACUGAUUCAUCUGUUGCGAUACAUAAUGCACAUGUUUACCUUUCAGAUUCUGCAUGUGGCUAUAGACCACGUUGAGCGUGGUAAGGCUCCCGCACUGAUUGAAGGAUUUCCGGAGGCUACAGUUUGAGUUCCAGACCCCAGAGGAUUGUGUGUGACAUGAUGGAUGCCCUGGAGGCUCUCUCUAAACCAGUUCGUAUUCACCAUCUCCAUGCCUUUACCCUCUUCUCCCGUGGCCAUUGUCAACAGCUGAGGUCCUAUUGUUCGUAUUCACCAUCUCCAUGCCUUUACCCUCUUCCCCCGUGGCCAUUCUCAACAGCUGAGGUCCUAUUGUUCGUAUUCACCAUCUCCAUGCCUUUAUCCUCUUCCCCCGUGGCCAUUCUCAACAGCUGAGGUCCUAUUGUUCGUAUUCACCAUCUCCAUGCCUUUACCCUCUUCCCCCGUGGCCAUUCUCAACAGCUGAGGUCCUAUUAGUGGCAUGGGGCUGCUCACCAGAGCGUUACAGAGCCAGCUACAUCAAUAGGGGCUCCAAAGUGUGUGCUUCCUACCCCCAGGAUAUCUCUCUCAAUAACUGACAAUGAAAUAAAAAAGAUUAUGCAUGUGGCUAUAGACCACGUUGAGCGUGGUAAGGCUCCCGCACUGACUGCUGUGGUGUGUUUGAAGGACUUCCGGAGGCUACAGUUUGAGUUUCAGACCCCAGAGGAUUGUGUGGACAUGAUGGAUGCCCUGGAGGCUCUCUCUAAACCAGUUCGUAUUCACCAUCUCCGUGCCUUUACCCACUUCCCUUGUGUGGCCAUUCUCAACAGCGGAGGCCCUAUUAGCGGCAUGGGGCUGCUCACCGGAGCGUUACAGAGUCAGCUACAUCAAUAGGGGCUUCAAAGUGUGUGCUUCCUACCCCCAGGAUAUCAUCAAAAAGAGUGCUGGCUACCAUCACCAAGGGAGGUUCCCGAUGGUGUGCUUCCAUCACAAGAAGAGUGGAGCAGUGUUGAUCAAAUGUGGGCAGCCACUGGUGGGGCCGACCAGUAAGAGGUGUCGGGAAGAUGUGAGUAUUCUCAACGCUUGUCUCCCUGGACUCAGCAAAGGGAAGGUCAUGGACAUACGCUCCCAGUCCAUCGCACAGCAGCACAUGAGUAAAGGAGGAGGGACUGAGAUCCCCUCCCACUACCCCCAGUGGAGAAUGGAGUACGCUAAACUAGACAGUCUUAUCCUAUUAGACUCUCUGACACACCUCCACACAGCAUGAACUUGUGGUGAUCCUAUAGCUUGUCUAACAGCUCAAGCAGGUUCGGUUGACUGGAAUCAUCGGGGUGGCUAUAAAACAUGUCUCCAAAUUGAUGAGUGCUGUCAAGGCUGUCUCCCUGGCCAGGGUGAGUGUAAAAGCUGGAAUGCGGAAUGGAAUGGAAUA